ACUAUUUAUGUAUUAUGUACGGAACGUCGUUCGAGCGUAUGUUUCCUCUCUCUACUGAAAUUUGUUUCUCGAAUCCCUCUCUCUCACACACACGCACUGAAAUUGAAGGAUGGAGGAAGGAUCGUCGCGCGGCAGCCUGAAGCGUUCCUUCGUCGAGGACGACGAGUCAAGCAAAGCCCCUCCGGAGAAAAGAGUGAGAUUCCCCAAAGGUAAGAAGCUGAAACAGGGAGAUUAUGUCACAGAGUCAGCUGCUGAAGUUAUUCCUGGUUACAAGGAUCCUCGUCUUGCUGCAAAGGAUAGAGCUACUCGGCGAAAUAAGAUUACAGAAGAAUUGCUGAACGACGAGCACAGUGACUAUACAAACAACAUACGGAAAGCUGAAGUUCACUACAAGGACAAUGAGACUUUUGUUGAAGAAGGUGUUCCAAUAGAACCUUUUAACCUGGACAAAGAGAGAGAAGAAGGAUACUUCGACGAAAAUGGAAAUUAUGUUGAAUAUGUGAAUCAGAAUGAGAUCAAGGAUGCAUGGCUUGAUAGCGUGGAUACUUAUAAAAAGUAUGAUGGAAAGAACACCAUUUCCACAUCCAAUGAUGAUAAACCUCAUGAUCUCGCAACAGAAGAGCUUGCACAAAUCAAUAGGCGGAUUGCUGAUAUUCUUGAACCUGGAGAAACGGUUUUGCAAGCUCUCAGGAGAUUGAAGGGUUCAAGUGAUAAGAAGCAGAAGAUGUCUGCAGAAACCAAACAACUGUUUGACCAACUAACUGAAGAUGCCAUGAAAUUGAUGGAGAAUGGAGAUUACAAUGUAUAUGAUGAAAAGCAGGAACAUUUUGACCGUGAAGCAGAGGGAUAUGAAAAGUUAGUGAAGGCAAGGAAGCAGGGGAUCACAGAAAGUGGGGAUAAUAUGGAGACGUCUGACAUUUUUGAUAUGUUUGGAGAAGAUGAUGGAAAUGCCAAUCCUGCCUCCAAUGGGAGUGAAACAGUUUCUGUUCAGCCCUCCGAGAGUGAAGGCCUGCAGAAUGACUUUGUAUAUGACGACACAUCGGGAUAUUACUACAGCACGAGUUCGGGUUAUUACUACGAUCCCUCUACGGGACUUUAUUGCUGUGCUGCUUCAGGCAAAUGGUACUCUUAUAAUGAGGCCUCAGGAGGAUACGACGAGAUCCAACAAGAUGCUGCUGCUGCUUCCGAUGCUACUGUAAGUUGAAGUGCGAAUGACAUUGAGUUAUACAAGUUAGUCUCAAACUUAUAGGGCAAUGUACGAAACCGGUGUUCCGAUUUGAGUAGCUAGCAGUGUACAAACUUUAAGAAUUUCCUUUCGUCUGAAAUACUUGUUAUUUCAUGACAUCUUCGGGUGUAAGAUAUAUUUUCUGGAAGUGUCUUGAUGUUCAGCUCCUCUACUUUCCAUU